UUAACGCAUUUUAUUCUUCCUUCACUGUGCAAUUAUUUUCAAAUUAGAUUUAUUUUUGUAAAAUAAGUAUUUCUAAAAUAAAAAAUGGUUAUAGUGGAGAAAAGUUUUCCGCGAGGCGGAAUCACACCAAAAGAAAAUAAGCCAGAUGAAAUUAAAGAAAAUAUUAUUUUUGGAGCACUACAAACAAAAAUCAAGAAACCGAAGAAAAAACCUAAGGAUGAUGAAUUUAUUGCCGGCGCAGAAGAAGAAAAUGAACAAAUCCAGUCUGUAUCCGCAGAACUGCUCAAUUACGAUACCAUACAAGAUGGCAUGAACAUAAUGGGUGUAGUAAAAGCUGUAGAUCCACUUUAUCUGAGUAUUUCCCUACCCGGGCGCAUGACAGCGCGAGUGUCAGCGUUAGAAAUAUCGGACUCCUACACGAAAGCAACCAGAGAAUUUCUAGAGCAAUCCGAGGCAAGUAACAAUUUUAGACCACUGACCGACCUCUAUCAUCUUGGGCAAAUUGUUUAUGGACGCAUACAAGAAGUUAAACAAAACGAAUAUGGUCGUAUGCAAAUAUUAAUGUCAUUGCGACCGAAUGAGGUGCACUCAGAGCUUUCCCAUACCAAUGUGAAAAAAGGUUUUGUGUUUAACGGUGCUAUAGAAGAAGUACAAGAACAUGGUUAUAUUAUUGAAACGGGUAUUAAAGGUCUACGCACAUUUGUACCACUAGAAAAAGCACAGCCCAAUCACGUUGUUGGUGAAUUAAUUUUUCUUAAAGUAGAAAAAAUUACAGCUGACAAAGCAGUUAGUACAUGCACAUGUAAGGAACUUAAACCGGAGAACAUGAAAAUAAAGAAUCAAACUGAACCGAACAUAGAUUACAUUUUGCCUGGUACUAUUGUCCAAUUUUCAAUAACAAAACAACUGAAGGAUGGUCUGCAAGGCACAAUAAUGAACGAAGCAUUGACAGCUUACGUGAACGAACACCAAUUGGCAGAAGCUUUGGCACUACCAGAAGACUAUGAAAUAAAUUCUACAUUAAAUGCACGUAUUUUGUACGUUAUGCCACUCACUAAAUUUGUAUAUCUGACUUUAAACUUGCGCACAUCGGCUAUUGAACAAACUGAGGAGCAACAUUAUAAGCGAGGCGACAUCAUCGAAACAGCGAAAGUGCAUCACCUAGGCACCGGUGGCGUAAUUUUGGUGCUCGAGAACAAGUUUAAAGGUGUAUUAUCAUAUAAAUCGAUUAAAGCAAACUUUAAGGGGAACUAUGAUCAAGAUGAAGUUUUGAUCAAAUACGCUAAAAAAACAAAGCAUAAGGUGCGCGUGCUUGAUUACGAUCCUAUGGACUUGCUUUAUAUAUGUACAGACGAUGCAAAUACAGUUAACGAAAAGAUAUUUGCUUUGGAUGAUUUAAAACCUGGUGAAUUUGUAACUGCCGUUGUGAAGGAACGUGACGCUAAAGUUGGUGGUUAUACAAUGCAAGUGGGUCGCGUUAAGGGUAUUAUUGAAAAGUUGUACCUUGCACCCGUACCCAAAAUUCUAGAGGUCAACUCCAAAGUACGCUGUCGUAUAUUGGCUGUGAACACAGAACGUCGUACAGUGUAUCUAACUAACCGGCCCGAAUAUUUGGCAAAACACUGCAAGAUACUUAGCACACUGGCAAAUGCACGCCAAAACGCCACUUAUAUGGGUACCAUAGUAAAAUGUAACGACAACUAUCUGCUGGUUAAAUUCUUCAACAAUCUCAAAGGCAUGCUAUAUAAACAACGCUUGAGUUCAGUGCUUGGUAGUGAUAUGUACACAUUCUAUGAGGGCCAGACAAUGGCAUUUCGCAUAUUAUCCAAGAAUGGUGAACAAAUCACUCUAACACUGGCUGAUGACACAUUCGGUUUGGGUGAAAUAUGUCCGGUUACAGUUUUGCACACAUUGGAAUCGGGUUUAGAAAUAAAAAUCACUUACCAUCCAGAAGGUGACUAUGAAUUCGAUGAAGAGGAUCCCGAAGUGAAUGCCAUCGAAGUAAAAGGUCUAGUGCCAUUACGUUUACUCUCAGACUACCCCGAUUUAGUAUAUGCUAAAUUACGCACCUACACACCUGACACCGAAACGCAAGCCGUUUGUAUUGUGAAGAAUAUAUUCAGUAUGCGUGAUGUAUCAUAUUUUCUAACUCAUUUGACCAACAAUUGGCAAAACAUAAAACAAGGUGAUAUUCUGAAGGCAUACGUGAAGAAUGUGCAUGAAGAUAUUGUAGAGCUGUUCGUGCCCAUACGUAAUUACGGUAAAUUAGUGAAAGUCCAUUUAAAGAUGUUGCUUGUUAAUGCGCAUAAAAAUGCGAAUGUGCAACUUACGCCCGAGCAAGUGAUCUUUGUGAAAGUGCUGGGUAAAGAACCGGCAACGAGGACUAUAACAGUGACAGCUAAAUUAACUGACGUUUGGGAUGGGAAGUUAAGCAGCAGUGCGCGAUAUCUGGAAGACUAUUUAAAUGAAGUAACGGAAGUGCGUAAAGCGCAUAAAAAAUUGGGACUCAAGAUAGGGCAACAUAAAGUGGGCGACAAAGUUUCGGCACGCUUCCUAGGUGUAAAUGCUGACACUAAUGAUUGGCAGUAUGAGUUGGAGAAAACCAAUGUUUUGGCUGUGGCAAAAUCGGCAUUGGUUGGUAAAGCGAAGCCACCCAAAGUGGGUGCUAGCCAGGAGUGCCUGGUGUUAUGGGUAGACUAUUCAAGCGAAUUGGUUUACAUCAGCAAUAAACAAGUGGAUGUUGCACAUGUCAGCCGAGAAAAGCAAAUACCAAGCAAUUUGGUAGACAAAACCGGCAUCAAUGCCAAAGUAUUGCUGAAAACCGAACAGCUCUACGUGUGCUCAUUAAAAAAAGGACCCAAUCCACUCAUCUAUUGUCCACUGCGUCUGCAUUUUAACGAUUUUGAAAAUUCUGCUUGCGCCACUCUAAAGGAAGGUGAUUUCUGCAAGGUUGCUUUUAUACAUAAUAAAUUACCUAUUGCAGUGCCGGAUAACACCUGGAAAUUGUGGCACGAUAUCAAGAAGAAGCGUAAAACAAAAAUGGAACUAGACAAUGAACCGAAGGCGAAGAAAGCAAAAAUUGUUGCGGCAAACGAAGAGACGACGUCGGCCAAUGAAGUAAAAAUAGCUGUAAAGCAACAAGAAAAGUCGGCAAAAAAACAUAAACAACAAACCGUGUCAGACGAAAGUGACAUGCCAGUCAAGAAAAAGAAAAAUAAGCAAACCAAAACCGAUGAUAUGCUCUUUUACGAGGACAAAACACCGAACCAAAUAGUUAUUGUUGAAAAUAACGCAGACUCGGAUGAGGAAGAAACGCUGCCGAAGAAAACGCCAGAGAAAAAGGAUGUACCAAAACUACCUGGUAUUGGUGAUUUUUGGAAUGCAGAUCUCUCCCGUUUGAGUAAUGACAACAAAGCGUUGGCAUCCAGUGACGAAGAUGAAACGGACGAUGAAGAUGCCAACAGUAAAGCAGGACAAAAGAAGAAAAAAUUAACCGCCGCUGAGAAAUUCAAAUUGCAACGUGAAGAGGAAACACGUUUGCGUGAAAUCGAAGCAAAAUAUGCCGAUCCAAAUCAUCUGCCCGAGAGUAUUGAUCAGUUCGAUCGUUUAGUGCUUUCCGAGCCGAAUAACAGUAAACACUGGAUUAACUAUAUGGUCUAUCACUUGCAAUCGGCGGAGGUUGAGAAGGCACGCGCAGUUGCACGUCGCGCCAUCAAAGCCAUUUCAUAUCGUGAAAAUAAUGAGCAAAUUAAUAUUUGGGUGGCAUUGUUGAAUUUAGAGCUACGCUAUGGUAAUAAAGAAGCUUUCGACGAGGUGCUAAAAGAGGCGAUCGCCUACAAUGAUCCACUCAAGGUAUAUUUGCGCGCUUUGGAGAUACUUUGCGAUGCCAAGAAAACACAGGAACUCAUUGAGAUGAUCAGCUUGGUAACCAAGAAGUUCAAGGCACAGCCGGAGAUAUGGCGUGCGGCAGCAAAUGCAUAUUUUAGCAUCGAAAUGCAAGAGCGAGCGCAGCAACUGCUGCACAAAGCGCUAGCAUGUUUGCCCGAAAGAGAGCAUGUCAAUACAAUUGUUGCAUUCGGCAACUUAAAUCACAAAUAUGGCAACAAUGAAAUGGCGCAAACACUACUCGAUCAAGUUGUCACCUCAUAUCCGAAACGUGUAGAUGUGUGGGCCCAGUACAUUGAUAUGUUGGUGAAAUCGGAAAUGAUUGAUUCUGCGCGAAGCGUUUUGGAGCGCGCCAUCAUACAAAAGAUACCAAUGAAGAAAAUGCGCACGAUUUUCAAGAAAUAUUUAGAGUUCGAAGAACGUUUCGGCACAGCAGCCGAUGUGGAGAAGGUGAAGAAAUUGGCAAAGGAAUAUGUAAAACGCAACGCUCAUCUUUAAACCAAUUUCUUUCAUAUGUGAAUACAUCUAUAAUUUAGUUUAUUACAUAUAAGUUUAAACAAAUAUAAUAAAUAAAUAUUAGUAUGUUAAAAGCUUUA